CCAAGCAACGCUCUCAUUUCUCUCUUAAGACAGCAGAAACAGAAAACGGAAACUCUGAAAAGACUUUUCAGAAAUGGCCGUUGCUUCUUCGACCUCUGCAACCAUUGUAUCUGCUAAGGAGAAGGAGAGCAAGGACACGAAGAAGAGGAUCCAGGUCGUUGACGACGUUGGAGAUAAUGGGAACAAAGCGAAGCGCUCAAAACGCCCCGGAGUUCGCGUCGUCGGGAACCGAAUCUACGAUUCUGUGAACGGGAAGAGCUGUCACCAGUGUCGUCAAAAAACAAUGGAUUUUUCGGCAUCGUGUAAGAACCUGAAAGCGAACAAGCCUUGUACUAUAAAGUUCUGUCACACAUGCCUAUUGAACAGAUAUGGAGAGAAAGCAGAGGAGAUGGAGAUGUUGGAUGACUGGAAAUGUCCCAAGUGCAGAGGCAUUUGCAAUUGCAGUUUUUGCAUGAAGAAAAAAGGUUACCAUCCCACUGGUCAACUAGUGCUAACAGCCAAGAAUGCUGGUUAUUCAUCUGUUUUGGAAAUGAUGAAUGUCAAAAGUCCUGAUGAUUUGGGUCAAGAUGAGGUUGUUGAAAUUGCGAGUGUCUCGCCGACGAAGUUGGGUGCUUCAAACAAGGGAUCUGAAGGGGUUUCACCGAGGAAAAUGGGGAAGGAAAAUUCUUUUGAUGGAAAGACUGAUGCUGACUUGAAUUCUAAGAAAUCGGUAACAAACUGUAGUGAGAAGAAGUCAAAGAAAACAAAGCGGGAAGGAUUGAAGGAAAUGUGUAAUGGCAGCAGGGAUGAAGGUGCUCACCCAAAAAGAAGUAGCCUGAUAAAACCUACAGCGUCUGAGGAGAUCUCUAAAAAAGAAGUUCAAAUAAAUGGAAAAGCUAGUAGUGUCCUCUCCAAGAAAAAGAAUUCUAAGACAUGGGUUUCAAAUAAUGUUCCUGUUAAAUCUGAAGAUAAGACGGAUGCUAAAACUCAGCAAGAUGCAGGAAUGCUGAAUGCUUUGAAGAAUGAGAAUGCCAGGGCCAAGCCUAAGAAAGUCAGAAUGCCAUGGUGUACCAUGAAUCUUGAGAACACAGAACUGGAUGCUGACAUUCCUAUGCCUCAGGGUGCCAGCUUGGCGACUAUAGCUGACAUUGAGUUACCUCCUGAAGAUGUUGGACAUGCAUUGCAAUUUUUAGAAUUUUGUGCCUCUUUUGGAAAGGUGCUUGACGUUAAAAAAGGACAAGCUGAAUCUUUACUUCGAGAAUUAAGAUAUGGGCGACGUGGGCGGCGAGCUGAAUAUUCAAUGACAGUUCAAUUUCAUAUCCAACUUUUGUCUUUAAUACAAAAGGAUGUGGGGGAAGAGUCUCUUUCAUCAAGUCCGACAAGCGGAAGAAACUCAUGGUGGCCAGCUCUGGGGAAAUGCAUCUCCGAAUCCCAAUGUGUAUUAAAAGAACUGCACUUGGAUUGCUUUGAUAGAGGUGCUGAUGAAUAUGACAACUUAGACUUCUCAAUGAAACUCAGAAUCUUAAAUUUUCUUUGUGAUGAGGCUCUAGGCACAAUAAAAUUGAGGAGUUGGAUUGAUGACCAAAAUUCAAAAGUUGUAGAACAAGGGAAGCAAGCAAAAGAAAAGCUUAUCGUUGCAAAGGAGAAGGAGAAACAUCUAAAGCAGAAGUUGCGGGAUGAGGUGGCCAAAGCUAUUAUUGCAAAAAAUGGUGUUCCUCUUUCUAUUUCAGAGCAUGAGGCUAUUAUUUCACAAAUAAAAAGUGAUACUGCUCAAGCUCAUGCUGAGAUGCUUGAUGCUAAGGGCAUGGUAUCUAAGAGGAGGCCAAGAUUUGAUGCUAUUAGAACAGAGGCUAUGUUUUUGGAUGUCGAUGGUCGUGCAUUUUGGGAAUUGAAAGGCUAUACUGGUGAAAAGGAUAUUUUACUUCAAGAUAUGGGGACCUGGGAUGCAGUGGCGUCUGAUGAAAAAUGGUUUGUCUAUGGUGCUGAACAGAAACAAGCAAUUGAGCAGUACUUUUAUUCUUUAAGGGGAAAAAGGCUGAGGAUUCAAAAUGUUGGUCACACUGUUCCAAGUGGAAAUAAUGAAGCAAAGAUAUAGCUGAUGCUUGGAUAAUUUGCCACCUAUAAAUAUUAGAACUUGGGCAGCUAAGAAGUGAGAGAUUUGAUUUCUGCUGUACUUUGAAGUUUGAACCAUUCUCUUGCUUCCAUUUUUUGAAGAUACAAAUGUGUACAUCUAAAGGGAAGCGCGAAAAGAUCAUAUGAACCAAUGAUGGUUUUCUAUCUUGUUUUGUAUCCAGGAAUGUAGCUAGCUAGUAUUAGCAUGUAUGCCUCCCUGUGAAGGUUAUGCCCUCUUUUGUACUUGUACAUCGCCUUUUUCUUUUAUUUUUUCCUGAACAGAAAAUUUCUGAUAAAAAAGCAGAUUAUUGCAUAUUAGUCCAUAUAUCGAUCUUGUAUUUGUACCC